AUGUCUGUUUGUAGGAGGCUUUUGGCACUCUAAGGGUAGCCAGGGUUCCAACUUGUAGCAGCUUGGAUCUGGGAGAAAUCCUGUUCCGUGCCUAAUUUUAGCGGACAGAACCCCCUCAGGCACCCUCAGAUCCUUUUAAAUCUCCCCAUAACCCUCACCCCCCCCAUUAGAGAGGUCCCUUCCUCUUUUCACAUCCCCCUAAACUCCCUCGGAGCCCCAAAACUGCCCAAAAUCUCAGAAUUUCUCCCCGAAAUUUCGUGGCCGGGCUUUAGGACCCAGCGCAGGCCCCGCCCACUCUGGUCACGCCUACUUUCUUCUCUGGGCUCUCGUCGCGCGGCGGGGUCACGUGGCGGUGAUCACGUGGGUAUCCAACAUGGCUGCGCCCGUGGCGGCGGUCAGCGGCGGAUCCGUGACGCAGCGGCUCCUCCGGGGCUUCUCCCGUAGCCUCAGCGGCGGCCGUGCCCCGGCCGAGGAGCCCGAGGCGGCCGUGGUUAACGUCGUGUUCGUGGACCGGGAGGGGCGGCAGGUGCCGGUGCGAGGCAGAGUCGGGGACAACGUGCUGCACCUGGCGCAGCGGCACGGGCUGGAGCUGGAGGGUGCCUGUGAGGCCUCUCUCGCUUGCUCGACCUGUCACGUUUACAUCAGCGAGCCCCACUUGGGCCAGCUCUCGGCGCCUGACGAGCGGGAGGAAGAUCUGCUGGACCAGGCACCGCUGCUGCAGGAGAAUUCCCGCCUGGCCUGCCAGGUGCUGCUGAGCCCUGCGCUGGAGGGGGCUCACAUCUCCCUGCCCAGGGUCACCCGCAACUUCUACGUGGAUGGACACGUCCCCAAACCGCACUGACCGUGGGGGGGGCCCCCUCCGAAAACCCCCUGACCUCCCCCCCUUGAGCUCCCCUGACCUCAGAGUGGCACACCUGGACCUGCUAGGGAAGGGGGAUCUCCCUCAAAAAAAUCGAUUCAAUUUUAAAUUUUAUGUAAUUCGCCCCCCCCAUUCCCAUCAGAUGUCACCCUCAAAUUUGGGGACACAUUUCUGGGCCCCCCUGGACCCCACCAGGGGGUUGACAGGGUGACCCACACCCAAUUUCUGGGGUUCUGGAUUUGGGACAAUGAGAUUUGAUUUGUUAAUUAAAAAUUGGUUUUGUUAGCA